UUCUCUUUUCAACCGGCAAGCAGAACAAGCAACGCAGGGUGAUACCUUCUCGUGCCGUCCCUUCCGGGCUCCGGGCUCCGGCCUCCUUCCCCGCGGCCGCUUGCUUGCCAUGGAGCCGCGCGAGAUCGCCGCUGCCGCGCGGAGCUUCUCGGCCAUGGCACGGAUCGUCGGUCCGGACCCCAAGGCCGUGAAGAUGCGCCGCCACGCCUUCCACCUCCACCAGUCGGGGUCCACCACGCUCUCGGCGUCGGCUGUCCUCCUGCCCCCGGGCGCCCUGGCGGAGCCGCCGCCGCCGCUUCUAGGUCGUGUCUGCGCGGCUCAUGGCCACACCGGGGGCGUCGCGCUUACGUCCGCGUCUCUCGUGGAGCCGUUCCUGGUUGCGGAGCAGCGCGAUAGCGCCAGCGAGGAACUACAGCCAAGGUUACUACCGGAGACGUGUCUUGAUGUGCUGGUUGAGCAUGAGGAAUUAGGGAACAUCAUAGAUGGAGAUUCUGGAGCUCCACAGUGGCUUUCAGCUCAGUUACUUGCCAUGGUCGAUGUUGCAGCAUCAGCUGAAUCUAUAUUAUCCUUAUUAACACAUGAUGGUUCAGUGUUUGGAAGCUCAUCAUGGGAUGUUGGCUGGCCAUUGGCCGAUGUCAAUCAGAAGCAGGUUGAAAAUGGCGUCAGGUCUUCUCUUGAGUCUAACAGGAAGAAUGCAUAUGCUGAGUCAAUUGAACCAUCAAUGUUAGCCAAGUCCGCCACAAGAAUUGCUAUACUAGGAGUUUCAUCCUUAACAUCAAGUAAUGAAAUACAUAUCAAUGUUUCACCGGCGCCACAGCGAGGAGACUCUUUGCUGGUAGUAGGGUCUCCCUUUGGCAUCCUGUCACCAUUCCAUUUCUUCAACAGUAUAUCAGUUGGUGCUGUUGCAAAUUGCCUACCUCCAGGCGCUGUCAGGAGCUCGCUGCUGAUGGCCGAUAUCCACUGUCUUCCUGGUAUGGAAGGUGCUCCUGUGUUUGACAAAAAUUCUUGUCUUGUGGGGAUGCUGAUGAAGCCAUUAAGACAAAGAGGUAGCAGCAUACAAGUUCAGCUUGUGAUUACAUGGGAUGGAAUAUGCACUGCAUGGAGCAGCAACAAACUGGAAGGAAUUGAGCAAGCCUCAAAUGAUCUACUUGAUGACAAAAAUGCAGAUAGUAAAAUGGUGGAAUCAUGUGCCAUGGAUAACUAUAGGAGGUCCGUCUCUAUUUCAGCCAAUCAUCAUAAUCAGUAUAGAAUUCCAGCUUCACUCAAAGAGGCUAUAUCCUCGGUUGUUCUUGUCAAGGUUGGUGAUACAUCUUGGGCUUCAGGUAUUGUCCUCAACAAGAAUGGCUUAAUUCUGACAAAUGCUCAUCUUUUGGAGCCUUGGAGAUUUGGGAGAACUUCGCCUUUAGGUUUACAAAAUGAAAUCACCUCACUUACUGGAGAACAUGUCCGUGAAGUUGAAAAUAAACUAUUGCAGUCACAAGAAUGCAAAAUGUCCAACCAAGAUGCUGUUAAGCAUGAGGCUCCAUUGUUUAAUUUGGGUUUCAAAAGAGAGAAGAGAAUAUCGGUUCGUUUGGAUCAUGGGAAAAGACAGACCUGGUGCAGUGCUAGCGUGGUCUUUAUCUCCAAGGGGCCGCUUGAUGUUGCCUUGCUUCAACUGGAAAUGGUUGCAAUUGAACUUUGUGCAAUUAGACCAGAAUUCAUUUGUCCAACAGCAGGCUCUUCUGUAUAUGUUGUUGGGCAUGGCCUUCUUGGACCUCGAUCAGGUCUAUGUUCCUCUCUUUCCUCUGGGGUUGUCUCAAAAAUUGUCAAAAUCCCAUCAGCUCAACAUUCUCAUCUAUCUAGCAGUUUGGAGGCUGAAACUAUGGACACACCAGUAAUGCUGCAGACAACAGCGGCAGUUCAUCCAGGGGCUAGUGGUGGUGUUCUUAUUAAUUCCCAUGGUCGAAUGGUUGGGCUAAUAACAAGCAAUGCAAAGCAUGGUGGUGGGACCACAAUACCUCGUCUGAAUUUCAGCAUCCCCUGCAACUCUUUGGAAAUGGUCUUCAAGUAUUCAGCAAAUGAAGAUUCCACAAUUUUAGAGCAGUUGGACAAACCCAAUGAAUUGCUUUCAUCAGUGUGGGCAUUGGCACAAACCCCAGCAUCGCUCCCAUUUCUCAGUAGUUCCCCUGGAAAAAGCGGAGAGGGUAAAGUGUUGAAGUUCUCAAAGUUUCUCGCCGAUCAGCAAGAAGGUUUGAAAUCUAGAACUGAUAUAGAGGCAUUUCUUAGACACAAGAUUCCUAGUAAAAUUUAAGGAAUUGUUUCUGCAAAGCACCGAUUGAUAGUACCGGCACCCUUGACAUAUAGGAGAGGAGGAAAAUGAAAAAUCAAGGGAUUCAGAUUGAGCGACAAAAUGACAGACUGUCUAUUUCCGCCAUGGAAAUGCCAUGCUCUCUUUUUUCCUCGAACACACCUUGCUGCAUGUCAUUUCCACCAUGGAAAUGCUAGACUCUCUUUUUUCCUCGAACACACCUUGCAACAUGUCAUUUUCAUUAAGAAGGGGGCGCAAGAAGCGCAAGUGCAGACAGCAAUACAAAGGCAAGAGCCAAAAAGAACAAAGAAAGAAGAAAAGAGAAGAAGAAAGAAAUGCUAGGCUCUUGACUGAAACGUUCUAUAAGAUCGGCACAAACUUUCAUGGCAUACUUUAGAUUGAUUCAUACAAAGUUUCUUUCAUGAAAGAUACUUCAUGUGUUGGUUUAUAUAUAGUUUGUUUCCGGGUAUAAGGGUCGCGCAUUGAGCUUGUUUUCAGAAAGUUGAGACAUCUUCAGCGAUUGCUUAUAUACAGGAAGCAAUACAGUUUAUACUAACUGACAACGACAACAAAACUGUGUACCAUUUGUCAUAAUGACCCCGUGAAUUGUACUAACAAUGCUGUUUGGACUAAGAAUACUGUUUGUAGCAUC